CCUCGCUCUUUCCUUAGCCUCUCUUGUCCUCUACUUUAAAUUAUUAACAAGAAAAAGAUAUCAACGUAAUUAUUUUCUGUCUUCAAUUUUUCUCAGCCAUCCCAACUAUCCAGUAGCUAAGUGGUUGCGUAUGUCUUAUUCCCGCCAAAACCCCAGCUCCCUGCCCUUCCGCUCACCCCGCUGCUGUGGUUUAGUUGUGUCCAAUAUAUUUCUACUACUUGUACUCUACUAUAUAAACAAAAAGCAGAGCAUACGCCUUCUGUCUUAGCUAGUGGUAUCUUUUACUCUCCACUCUAGAGUCUAGAACCAGGGGCAGGGGCAGGGGCAGGCAGCUCUAUGUAGAAUUUCUCUUAUUUCCAUCCAUGUAAUCCCAUACGAUGCUCUUCACUCUUCAUCAAGCUUAAGUUUGGGAAUUGGGAUCUAUGUUACUGUUCCGAUCCACACCAAUUGAUCACUUAGCUUGCUGCAGCCUUGCCCUUAAAUAGUUGAGACGCCACCCCAUGAUGAGCCCGCAGACUCAGUACUCCUUCUCCGACCUGGUCAAAUUCACAGAGCAUGUCAUCACCACCAACAAAGCUCCUCCACAACCAACCAGAAAUGUCCCUCAAAAGCUUCUCAGAAUCAUCCUUACCGACGCAGAUGCCACCGAUUCUUCUAGUGACGAAGAACAUGACCAACCAACGCCAACUAGAAGACGCUUAAACACCGUAAGGAGAGUGAAAAGGCACGUCAAAGAGAUCAACUUUCAACCACUAUCCCCAUCGUCAUCAGCCUCUACUAGUACUACUAGUAAGUCAUUAGUCAAGCAACAACCAAGCACGAAAAGAGAAAGACCAUCCCCGCAAUCUGACGUCACUCGCCGUAAAAAGUUCAGAGGAGUCCGGCAGAGGCCCUGGGGACGCUGGGCUGCCGAGAUCCGAGACCCCACCCAGCGCAAACGGGUCUGGCUUGGCACUUUUGAUACCCCUGAGGAAGCUGCUAUCGUCUACGAUAAAGCUGCCCUCUUGCUUAAGGGUCCUAACGCCGUCACCAACUUUCCUAACCCCGUUUCGACGGAAAAGGAUGCCGCCGUUGACCAAAGACAAGGCGACAGCUUAGACUCCUCGCCGUGUUCAUCUCUCUCUUCUCCCACGUCGGUUAUCCGGUGCGAAGAAUUGACGCUCUUUGACGGCUUGGGGUACGUCAACGUCGACGCUUUUGGCUUCCAGAUUGAUGUUCCCUCCUACUCCACGGAUCUCUCCUUGUCGGAUAGCUUUUUUGCCCAGGAAGAUGAAUUCUCCGACUUCAACGUUGACGAUUUCUUGGUCGGAGAUUAGCAGCAUUUUCUCAUACUAAUAAUAAUAGUAAUUAUACUAUUAUUACUAUUAUUAAAGGAGAAGUAAUUUUUUGGCAAAAGAAAAAGAGUAUCUUGUUCGUAGACGUAUUCGUAUCUUGGUCGGUGGAGAAAAUUUUGUUGUACGUGUAUGGCCGUGGUGCCAGGUGUUGGUUAUGUGGCGGAGUGUGAUUGGUCCGCCCUUUAGCAUGGGAUUUCCUAAAACUGCCCCCUUGUUGUUUUGGUGGAUUAGAUGUUCAAACGAUGGAGUGUAAUUAGAGCGAGUUUAGCCGAUUUUGGCAAAAUAUACGGCGAUUUUGUCUCGUGUUAAAAUCUGAAACGUUUUUUUUUAUUUUGUCUGGGUAUUCACAUCAUGUUUAUUGCAUCCUUAGUAUAAAAAUACUAGUAGCCGGUAUCCAAUCCGUUUCUAGUGUUACGUUGAAAAUUCUAACCAAUGGUGAUUGCGAUGAUUGGAGAUGUUAAAGAGUUGCUUGGAUGUCACGCCAAGCGUUGAAAAGCAAUGAUAAUGGUGUUUCUGGUGGUUUCUUAGUUGAA